ACUGACUCAUCAUAAUCAUGCACUCCCGAAAUUUCUCAUUUCCAUAUUUUACGCUCCCUUCGAUCUAGCACUCGCUCUCCGUAUUUGCCUAUUCUAUGCAAAUUAGAUCGAUCGCCUCGUGUGCCGGGCUUUGUUUAAGUUUAUGAUACUUUUUUACGUCACUGAUGUACACUGUACGUUGGGAGGUGUUUUAGGAGGGAAAUGCAUGUGAUUUACCAUCAUAGGCAACAACGGGUGAAUAAAACACGGUUAGGAAACACCCUGAUGGAUAUGGGUGUACUAUUUUCUGGUUAAUCUGUUCAAUAUCAUGGUUUGAAAGUAUGGAAGUCAUUGUUCUAAACAGAUGGGAGUGAUCGUGUGGGACUGUAAUAGGCAUGCAGAACAUCAAAUCGCCAUUGCAACGUUAAAACAGAGUGUCUGCAGUCUCAGACCGGUUAAUAAGAAUGGCUGGGUCUUGUCCGUUGCACCGGCUAUACUGUUAUCCACAUAUCUGUACCAGAUGAUCGAGUGAAAUCAAACAAAGGGUAUCUUUUCGUCAAUCAAAAAGAAGAGGCAGUCUCUCAUGAUGCUCAAAGGAAGGCAGAUCACGUCAAAGAGAAAGCACAUCGACUACCGUGAAGUAGAUGCUGAAGCAGGAUACCAUGAAUCUUCCUUGACAUGGAGAACCUUAAUCAGGAAGGCAUACCGUCAUAGAGGUAUCAUCUGGGUCGUCUUGUCCGUAUGUAUCACGGCAGGCUUCUCUCUCUGUAUCAAGUUUUUGGAAGGUAGUGUACCAGCUAGCCAAGGGUUGGUUAUCCGAGGAUUGGUCCAAGUCAUGUUCUCAUUGCCUCCUCUGGUAUUUCACAAGGUAUCAUUACGAUUCCCUCUCUGGGUGUUCUUGUUAAUCAUUUCACGAGGACUCGUCGGAUCUCUCUGUUUCUUCUUGAACUACUUCGCGAUACAGUCUCUUUCCGUUGGAACAGCGAAAGCACUGGCGUACAGUUCUCCCCUCUUUACAGGUAUCUUCGGUCGUGCAUGUCUGGGUGAACGGUGUUCGGUUCCGAUUGUCUUCUUCGCUUUCCUCACGGUAAUCGCUGUCACCCUUGUGGUCCAACCACCGUUCAUAUUCGGAGCCGAGGUUGAGAGUUACAAUGCCGUUGGUAUAAUAUGCGCGAUCAUAGGAGCUGUCGUUCUGGCCGCUAACACAAUCGUCCUGAGAUUUACCCAGAUAUUUCGCGUUGACGUCCAUGCAGUUAUAUUUGUAUAUGGCAUCCUAUCUGCUGUUUGUGGCGCCACCACGGCAACGGUCGUCGGAGACUGGACGAACCCUCAGUGUGGACUAGACCGUACGUUGGUUAUCGGAAUGGCAGUGACUGGAUUCUUUGAACAAUUGACAGUUACUCUUGCUCUAAAGACGGAGACUGCGUUAGUUGUAUCAAUCAUCAGAACUAAUGAAGUAUUCCUAUGCUUUGCCCUCGAUGUCUUUAUUUUUGGCAUCGUACCCAAUGUAUGGACCAUUGUUGGAGCGAUCCUGGUCGUUGGGAGUUCUAUUGGUAUGACAAUAUCGGCCCAUCGAAUGAACAAGCGACGGCUGAAGGAGAGGGAGGGUGAUCAGAAGUGAAUGUUUCUUUUGAAGAAAAAGAAAUGGAUCGUGAAAACUGAAGCUUGACCUUAGACGAUAAGAAUCAGUAAAAACAUUUCAAUCCUAUUUAAAUAUUUUACUCGUUAACAUAGGUUACAUUUUUUUUUCUUGGAUGUACUACCCGUGUCAAUUUUUGAUAUUAUGCAUUCAUAAAUGAUUUUUAAAAAAUCUUGUUCAUCGAUUCGGUCUUGUAUGUAGUUUUUAUGAUGAUAGACGAGACAUUGGGCGCUCAACUUUAACUUGUUUGGAAUUGUUUGCGAAAGUGUUUCGUUCAAGUCAAUACUUUGUGGUGUCUAUACGAUACGAAUGAUAUUUUGCAAAAUUUUAUAUUGUCCAUAUACAGAACACAUGAUAUAUAUUUAUAUAGACAAAUAUACAAAUCAAUUUAUGAAAAUAUCCAAUAGUAUUUGUUGUAUGUAAACAUAUUAAACUUGUUUUCCUCUUGAAGAUUAUAGGUGUCACGAAAGGGAAGUCAUGCGGAACUAGGUUACUAACUUACUAUUAACUAACUUACUAUUAAUUCCUUUCAUAUCACCGGCGCACAGUGGGCCAGAUUGGGUUGAAAGUGCGCCAAAAUUAUAUUCCGUGUUAGAUUUUUACUUUAACAUGUUGAUU